ACCUCGCUCCGGUGCAAGUCAGACCCGCUGUCGUGCCCUGGUCCUUUCGUUAUCAGUUGGCAGUUGCCGGGACCAGGAUGUGUGCCAGCCAGAAUCCAACGUCCCGUCAAAAGAAAAAUCACCGCCCAGCCGGGCACCGCACACCACCAUCCAACACACCGAUAUCCACUCCACUUAGUACUCCACGGCACACUCCAGUCCAACGUUACGGACGAAGCUAUUCCUGAUGGAGGCCUUCGCUCAAUGGACCAGUCCUGUUUUACCGUGUAAUAUUUUUUUUUUAAUCGUAUUCCGACUGUCGCUGGGGCUGCCAGUGCAAGCCCAGCUUCAGCUGAGAGGCACGGAGGAAAGCAUCGAGCUAUAUGCAUGAGCGCCUCGUAUCCCUUUGGUUUGAACCCAAUACCCAUUAUUGCAGGCUCAGGCUCCCACUUGACUCUUGAAAGGUACCGUACGGUAGGUAGGCUUACUUACACUACAACAGUCCCCCUCUCAUGUGCACUUCCUUUCCCACCGCACCGCACCGCACCGCGCUUCCUUCUUCCUCUUCUUCCUCUUCCUCUUCCUCUUCCUCUUCCUCUUCCUCUUCCUCUUCCUCUUCCUCUUCCUCCUCCUCAUCCCCAUCAUAAUAUUUCAAAUUCACUACCCUUUCACAGAUUCUUAGUACGCCAAGGUGCCAAUUCUUCAACCAAAAGCGACUAAAUCACUGUCCUGUCAAUCUGUCCACUAUUCAGAACGAAAUCAUUGUCAAGCACAGGUAACUCAGUUGGUGGUUUUCGUUUGCUGCUGGUGUUAAACUGUCCAGUAAGUACGAGUUGGGACUAUUCUCCAUGGAGCAGCACUAACAACCUCGUCCCAGACUAUCGCCAGCCGUCUGGCACAGCGCCGGUCUUCCGCCCUUGUCUAAACUAGACUCCCGCAAACCUCGCUGAUCACUACUUAGUGAGGCAGUCGGUCAGUCAAGAAGCCAAUUAAACAAGUGCGGCCCGAUAUAUAUAUUCCAAGGUCCUGCAGAGUCAAGGCCCGCAAAAGCCUCAGCAGCCUAGAUACGAGCGGGUCAACGUGAACGUCAGAGCUAAGGAGAGCGGUUCAAAUACAUCGGCGCCCCCAACCGUUUUCCAUCAUUCCAGACGUCAAUUACAACAACAACCCACAAACAUGUCAAUCUUUUCGAAGCUCAAGGCCUCGAAGAAGGCAGCAAAGGAGCACAAGGCGGCGGAAAAGCAGAAGGAUCCAGAGGCAGCUGUCGUUGUUCCCUACAAACAUACACCUACCCAUGCUGCUGUUGAUGCCUUGAGCGGAGCCCCCUCAAGUUGGUCGAGAGAUGAUAGGUCUAGGAUCAAAGCACAGCAUAAGAGAAGGAGCGAGAUGGUCAUGAGCAGAACCCCAAGCUCUCUCUCCCAAAUGUCAUACAUGAACCCAGGAGCUAGCUCCAGCUCCCAGGCACCGCCACCAAUGCCACGGAAUUCCAGUUACAGCAGCUUCAAUCCAACUUGGUUCGAUAAGACUGACGGUGUGAUCGACUCGAGGCAGAACAAAUAUAGACCUCACCGAGGUCAUUCAUAUCACGACUCGGGCCUUGGACCCAGCCCAUUGGGAAGUAAUGGUCAAUCCAAAGAAACAUCCCCAGUGGUCAGCUCUGGUAACAGCACCAGCUCGAACAACUCUUCCGACAACCUCGAGAUUGCCGGUUUCAAAAGACCACCUGUCUCAGAGAAUCAAAUCACACGUGGCGAGAAUGGCAAACCUCAGGGAACUGUGUUUGCUGAGCAAGACAUCUUUGAUCGACUGCACACCAGUACACAAAGAAAAUUAGGCGAAGCUCCACUUCACGAUACUCUACCAGCACCGAAGCCCAGGACUCCUACCAUGGUGGCGCCAGUUCCUGAGAUUAAGCAGAAGAAGCAAAGAUGGAGUCUCCUCGGCAAGAAAAACAACGCCGCUGUCGCAUCGUGA